UGUUUUGGUUAAGGAAAAAUACUGAAUUUCACAGCAAAUUACCAACAAAAUUGUGAAUUUGUGACACGGGAAGGACCAAUAACAGUUAGCUGCCAUGUCCAUUGAAAUAGAAUCUGCUGACGUAAUCCGUCUGAUCCAGCAGUACCUAAAGGAAUCGAAUCUUCACAAAACGCUGCAAACCCUACAGGAGGAAACCGGCGUCUCGCUCAACACAGUCGACAGCGUCGAAGGGUUCGUGUCCGACAUACACAAUGGGCACUGGGAUACCGUUCUCAAGGCGAUUCAAUCGCUCAAACUGCCCGAUAAGAAGCUGAUAGACUUGUACGAGCAGGUGGUGCUGGAACUAAUCGAACUGCGUGAGCUGGGAGCUGCUCGGUCAUUGCUGCGGCAAACGGAUCCGAUGAUUAUGUUGAAACAGCAGGAAGCCGAACGAUACAUUCAUUUGGAGAAUAUGCUACAGCGAGCGUACUUCGAUCCGAGGGAAGCCUAUCCGGAGGGGGGAAGUAAGGAGAAGCGUCGCGCUGCCAUUGCGACUGCGUUGGCCGGGGAGGUUUCGGUCGUACCAUCGUCAAGGUUGUUGGCUUUGCUCGGACAGGCACUGAAGUGGCAGCAGCAUCAGGGACUGCUUCCACCCGGAACGACGAUCGAUUUGUUCCGCGGUAAGGCCGCCAUCAGGGAUCAGGAAGACGAAAGUUAUCCUACACAGCUGGCCAGACAGAUCAAGUUCGGUCAGAAGAGUCACGUCGAGUGUGCGUUGUUCUCGCCGGAUGGUCAGUAUUUGGUAACCGGCAGCGUCGAUGGGUUCAUCGAAGUGUGGAACUUUACGACCGGAAAGAUUCGUAAGGAUUUGAAGUACCAAGCGCAGGAUAAUUUCAUGAUGAUGGAACAGGCCGUGCUCGCGAUGUCGUUUUCGCGUGAUUCGGAAAUGCUUGCCACCGGAUCUCAGGACGGACAAAUCAAGGUGUGGAAGCUGCUGACCGGUCAGUGCUUGCGUCGGUUCGAAAAGGCGCAUUCCAAAGGAGUCACCUGUCUGCAGUUCUCUCGAGAUAACAGCCAAAUCCUGACCGCUUCGUUUGACCAUUUGAUUCGUUUGUAUGGAUUGAAAUCCGGUAAGAUGUUGAAGGAAUUUCGGGGUCAUACGUCGUUUGUAAAUGAGUCGAUUUUCUCCCCGGACGGACACAACGUGCUGAGUGCUUCCUCGGAUGGUUCGGUUAAAAUUUGGUCCCUCAAAACAACGGAAUGCAUUUCGACGUUCAAAGCGCUGGGCAGUGAUCUGGCGGUCAAUUCGGUGCUGAUGUUACCGAAGAAUCCGGAACACUUUGUCGUCUGCAAUCGGUCCAACACGGUCGUCAUAAUGAACAUGCAGGGACAGAUUGUACGUUCGUUCUCGUCCGGUAAGCGAGAGGGAGGUGCAUUCAUUUGCGCUACCAUUUCCCCGAGGGGUGAGUUCAUCUACUGUGCCGGUGAGGAUUUGGUGCUGUACUGUUUUUCGGUCACUUCCGGCAAGCUGGAGCGAACGCUGAACGUGCACGAGAAGGACGUGAUCGGGUUGACCCAUCAUCCGCAUCAGAAUCUGCUGGCGACGUACAGCGAGGAUGGAUUGCUGAAGAUGUGGAAACCGUAAGGCGGGGGCGUGGUUUUCUGUUAGGCUAAGUUGUAUGUAUGCUGUUGCAUAUAAGUAAUGGCAU